AUGCCAUCUACCCCAAAUAACUACCCGCGUAUCUACCUCUUUGGUGAUUCACUCACAGAGCGAGCCUUUGAAGAGCAUGAUUCUGGGUUUGGGUGGAUGCUGGCACAAUAUUAUAAAGAUCGUGUCGAGAUUGUGAACGAAGGAUACUCUGGCCAAACGACAAAAUCGCUCCGCCAGGCUUUCGAUGAGCGCAUUCUCAAUACUGUAAAGGAACGUGGUUUGCCAUCUCCGCUCUUUAUAACCAUCUUUCUAGGAGCGAAUGACGCGUGUUUUCUUGGUGGAGACGAUCGAACAUACGUACCCAUAGCACAAUACGAAAAACAUAUCCGGCAUUAUGUCGAUACCAUUCUCGAGCACCCAGCCACUAAAGACACUAGAGUCAUCCUAAUUUCGCCGCCGCCAGUAGAUGUUCCUCCUCCGCCUUCAACAGACUUCGAUCUUGAAUCGGUCGUCGAAGCCACGCGGGCAGCGGCUGCCAUGGGACGCGGCCACAGAACAUGGGAAUCAAAACGUAAAUUUGCUAAGAAAAUUACCGAAAUUGGCCACGAAUUUGAAGCGAAAACAGACCGCUUUGCCCUGUUCGACUUUUGGACACUAAUUACUAGGGUUAAAUGCCAGGAUGAAACCGAUAGUGAUGUCGAUGAGAUAUUUCAUAAACUCGAUCUCGAAGAUACUCUUCCAGGUUCGGGUAUGCCGGGAGCGCCACGUUUUGGGUUGGAAUAUUUUAUAGAUGGACUUCACUUCGGGGAAAAGGGAUAUGAUGUUCUUGGACGAGAACUCUUGAAACUCUUGCUAUCGAAGUGGCCGGAGCUGAACAAAGAGAAUUUUCCGGUUCGGGUCCAGGAAUGA